GGAAGCUUUAGUGAAUUGUUUAAUUUACAUUCACAUUGUGUUAUGGAUUCCAUGUGCAGUGUUUAUUUAGUCUUUUUUAACUAUUCUAUGAGGGGAGGCUUAUUAGUACUCAGUUAUAGGGGGUUAAAUAUCACUUAAAGAGUUUAAAUUCACAAUUUUUUUUUCAGUUCCUAAGAGAUACACAUUCCAACUCUGAUAUUUCACCCUAGACUUCUACCUCCAAAUGCGCUAAGACUUUAUGGUACAAUUCCAGAAAAGUUCAGUCCUACUUUUGAAACAAUAGCUCAAAACACAAGUCUUAUUUAAAAAGGUUAGGAAAACCAUGUAUAUAUGAAAGAUUUAAAAAACAAUGAUACCUAUUUCUUCCCCCAGGUGAAAACUAUAAGCUGAAACAUGCACUCAGGACAUCACACUUCAGAGAAUGAAACUUCAAGCACCUAUUUCAUCCUCAUGGGGCUCUUUGAUCAAACUAAAUAUGCAGUCUUCCUCUACACCUUAACCUCUGUCUUUUUCUUAAUGGCUUUAACUGGGAACACCCUUCUCAUCCUCCUGAUCCAUAGGGAUCCCCAUCUCCACACACCCAUGUACUUCUUCAUCAGCAAGCUUUCUCUCAUAGACCUCAUGUACAUAUGUGUGACAGUCCCCAAGAUGCUCAUGGACCAGAUUACUGGAGAUAAUACAAUUUCCCACUUAGGUUGUGGGGUCCAGAUGUUCUUCUAUCUGACUCUCACUGGAGCUGAGGUUUUCCUCCUAACUGCCAUGGCCUAUGACCGAUAUGCUGCCAUUUGCAGACCUCUCCAUUACCCACUGCUCAUGAACCAGAGAAUCUGCCAUCUUUUCAUGUCUGGAUGCUGGUUCCUGGGAAUGUUUGAUGGUUUGUUGCUCACCCCAAUGACCAUGAGCUUACCUUUUUGUCAUUUCAGAAAAAUCAUGAACUUUUUCUGUGAGGCCCCUGCCCUGCUGAAACUCUCCUGCUCCGAUAUCUCCCACUAUGAGAUGUUCAUGUACCUGUGUUGUGUCCUCAUGCUGCUUAUCCCCACCAUGGUUAUAUCUAGCUCAUAUGCUCUAAUCCUGUGCCUCAUUCACAGUAUGAAUUCAGGCGAGGGCCGCAGAAAGGCCUUUGCCACCUGUUCCUCCCACAUGGUGGUAGUGUUGCUCUUUUUUGGUGCUGGCAUAUACACCUAUAUGCUCCCCAGAUCCUACCAUACAGGUGAGCAGGACAUGAUGGUGUCUACUUUUUACACCAUCAUCACCCCUGUGCUGAACCCCCUCAUUUACAGCUUCCGGAACAAAGAUGUCACAGGGACCCUGAGGAACUUAAUGACAUCAAGGGUGAGAAUAAGAAAAGUUUUAAAUGUGAAAACCUAGGAAUGGCCAUCUCCUGCUUCCCCUUCCUUCUUUACUGCCCCGCGUCUGCCUUUUAGUUCUUUUCUCUGGUUCUUGGGCCUCAAGAUAAAACCCCAUAAGAUCAUUCCUUCCUCUCAUUCAAGAGGUACAUCUCUUUUACACUGCUUACUCAUCCUGAGUAAUCCAUUUAUAUUUAAGUUCCUUAGGGUCCACCGUUUGUGAUGCAAUAGCUGAUGUAAGGAAAACCAUAGCAAGUACCUUGUAUAUUAUCACCUGUCCCAACCUCAAUGACCAUUGCAGUAUGAGAUUUGGGGAAUCAAUGCCUUAACCCUAAAACCGGAUCACUGUAAACCAUACGGGUCAGUUCUAAUCCAUCCUAUAGGGUCACGAUGAGUUGAA